AUGGAGAACUCAGUGCAACCAAGCUCUGACAAUGUUGCCCAGACAUGUGGAACCCGUGGUAACCUGUUCCUGAGGAAAAUAAGGAGAUUGAUACCCAUCAACUUCUGGCAGGAAGUGAAACACAUUUCUGGACUGGCUGGACGGGUGUUUUUGACAGAACUGAUGAUGCUUCUAUUAAAUAUUGUCAGCUUCGCGUUCUGUGGACAUUUAGGAAAAACUGAAUUGGACGCACUUAGUCUUGCCGCAGCGGCGUUAAUUGUUCCGGGUAUCUCCAUGGGUGUUGGGUUGGCUACAGCAUGUGACACACUCAUAUCUCAGACAUAUGGCAGCAAGAACUGGAAGCGAAUAGGAGUGAUUCUCCAAAGAGGGAUUCUCAUUCUCAUGAUAACCUGCUUCCCCUGCUGGGCCAUCUUCGUAAACAUCGAGCACAUUCUUUUGGCUUUAAAACAGUCUCCUGCAGUGGCCAAGUUAGCACAGCUCUAUGUGAAGCUGUUUUGUCCUAGCCUUCCCGCAAUAUUUCUUCAUGUCUUAGAGAACAGCUACCUUCAGAAUCAGGGGAUCAUCGUGCCUCAAAUUUUCGUUGGUCUCAUAACCAACAUCUUCAAUGCUGUAGUCAAUUAUCUCUUCCUCUAUGUGCUGAUGCUGGGAGUGGCAGGCUCGGCUGCUGCUAGUGUUCUCUCUCAGUACUGUCAGGCUAUUCUCCUGUUUGUGUACAUUCGAUGGAAAAAGUUGCAUGUUAAGACCUGGACAGGAUGGUCUGCUGACUGCCUGCAGGAGUGGGGCCAUUUUACACGGCUGGCAAUUCCUAGCAUGUUUAUGCUAUGCAUGGAAUGGUGGUCAUUUCACAUUGGAGCACUCACUGUAGGGCUAAUUAAUGAAGUUCAACUUGGAGCCCAGUCCAUUGCUUACCAAGUUAUAACAAUACCUUACAGGGUUUCUAUAGGAUACAGGGUGGCUGCAACUGUUCAUGUGGGUAACGCACUGGGUGCCAGUAAUCCAGACAAGGCUGUAAACUCUGCUAAAGUUGCUAUAUACUGCAUUGUGUGCAUCUCCUUAGUAAAUACAAUGAUACUUGGAGCAAUAAAGAACGUGGUGGGCUAUAUCUUCACCAGUGACAAAGAAAUUGUUCAUUUAGUUGCAGACAUCAUUCCACAAUCUGCUGCUUUUCAUUUCUUUGAUGCCACUACAGGUGUACUUGGUGGAGUGUUAAGAGGAGCUGGGAAGCAGAAACUGGGAGCUAUCGGUAACCUAGUUGGAUAUUACAUAAUUGGGCUUCCCAUUGGAAUCGCACUGAUGUUUGCUGCAAAACAGGGUGUACUUGGAUUCUGGUCCGGAAUGCUCAUUUGUGUGCUUGUACAAUUAGUUUUCUUUCUGACAGUGAUUUAUAGAAUCAACUGGAACGAAGCAUCCAAUCAGGCUCUGAUUAACGCAGGUGUGAAAAAAGAUGUGGAUGCCUCAAAUAGUGCCUCUGGUGGCCACAUCCAGGAAAUUUCAACAGAAGUGAACACAGGAAACAGCGCAGUGGAUCCGAUUCCCAAUGUUUGUCAAUUGGAACAACAGAUAAACAAGGACCAGGUGACAGAUGAGUCUUCCAUUGUGGACACUGGAGUGACCACGAUUGGAGAAAUCUUGUCCACAAAACAACUGAUCAUUCGUCGUGGCCUAGCCUUCCUUUCAGGACCACUUGUACUGGCAAUUGGACUGGUGAUACACUUCAUUCUUGCAAAGGACAUGAUCGAUUCCUCUGGACUGGACCUGUGUGGAGUGGGGGUGAUUGCGAGGAGGGAGGAAGAUCUCCUCGUAAGCCUGCUCCUGGGCCUGGCCAAGGUGGCCAUCAACAGGUCCGGGCAGCGGGCGGCCGAGGGCGGUCAUCCAGCCCGACUGCCUGCCCCUCUACUGCAUCCAAGUGACCGGGUGGCCCUGCAGAGGGAGCACGUGGUGCCCGUUGGUACUCUGGAGGCUUUCCGUGACCGGUGGGCAUCGCUGGGGCUGGGACUGGGGCUGGGGCUGGGGCUCAUCUUCACCCCUGGAAAUGACAUUUUGAUUUGA